AUUUUAGGGAGACAAAUCACCAUCAUACAUGAAAAACGAAAUAAAUAAAUAAAUAAAUCAUCAUAAACAGCGACUAGGCCAAAGUCUUCCAUGAAUUUUUCCAUGUUCACAUAUCAGGCUAACCUCAGGGUGAUGGACUCAAAGAUGAGAACCAAGAAGUUUCCUUCUGGAGAAAAAGCAAAGACUCACAUAUCCGUGAAAAAACAAGUCUCCAUAUUAAGCAGCACACCAAAAAACUAUAAAAAUAAAUAAAUAAAUGGAAUUGAUACACCAGUCUAUGUAGCUUGCUGUGUUUUCCAGCAAUCUCCAAGCAAAAGCAGAGAAGACGAACCAAGCCAGCACCGCCAUGUACAUCAGUGGAGAAGAAUUGGGAAAUUUGGUGCUCAGCUCUGAUCUCCUCCAUUAUUCAUGGGCUGCAAUUUUGGAAGCCUAUAAGGACACCACUGGCACUGCCAAUCCAAAUGACCCAACAACCUUCCCAAUCUCCAUUAAAUACAGAGUUGAUAGACAACAAUCACCACAUGGUACUACUAUUGUUGCUUUUGUUUCUUCCCCCACUUGUACCGCACAGCAUUUCCAAAGGGAUGGUAGAGAUUUAGUUUCAUCCACAACUCUUUUUGACUUUGUUAGCACCAAAGUCAACCCUUCCUUCUCCAUUCACAGAGCUGCACUUGAACUUUUUGCUUCUCAUCACAAUGGCCUCUCUGACCUGAAAAAGCAGUGCUGCAAUAUCAGUCCAUUGAUUGUCACUGGACACUCAAUAGGGGGAUCCAUUGCCUCACUCUUCACCUUAUGGCUGCUCGAAAGCUUGUCCCCAAAGGAUGCAUCCAAACACCCUCUAUGCAUCACUUUUGGUUCACCCCUUAUCGGUGACAAUGGCUUCCAACAAGCUAUAUCAGAACGCCCAAUCUGGAAUUCUAGCUUUCUGCACGUAGCUUCUAAUCAAGAUCCAAUCCCCAAACUCUUCGCCUCACCACAUGAUGUCCUCAAUAUUGAGCCUACUUCUCAUGCUAGUGUUUACAAGCCAUUUGGCACAUUUCUUUUGUGUUCAGAAUCGGGUUGUGCCUGUUUUGAGGAACCUGAAUCGGUUUUGGACUUGAUGGUGGCAAUCAGCUCAGAUGGUGGUCCUAAUGAAGGUCUGCAGAUUAUUGAUUAUGGACAUGUUUUGAAAAGACUCAAGCAUGGAGCAAUCUAUCAGGGAAUUUCAAAGCUCGGUAUAUGGAAUGGCAGUCCUCUUCGGACUGGAAUCAUCAUACAGAUAGAAGCAAUUAAAGUUGGGAGAACACAACAAAGACAUGAGAAUGGUGACAUCAAUUCCCUGGUCACAAAAGUUGAAAAAAGAGCAGAGGAUCUUGUAGCCCGCAGAAGGAAUGUUUUUGACCCCAAGAAGAAACUAAAUGACAUGAAAAUAAAUAUGAUAUACCUUGAAUGGUACAAGAAGGUCUCAGAGUCUCGUGGAGGCUACUAUGAUGCUUUUAGAAAUAUCCCUUCCAAAAAUAGAGAAGAGAUUGUUAAGCGAAAGAACAUCCUCACACAGUACUGGGCUAUAAGGGUCAAAGAAGCGGAGAAAAUGCCCCAAAAGGAGGGGACUUUCCUUCGCACUGGAUUUCUCUACGCAGCUACAAACUACAGGAGGAUGAUUGAACCACUUGACAUAGCCGAGUUCUACAGAAAGGAUAAGAAAGACUAUUUAGCAGAAAGAUCUGCACAUUACAAGCUGUUGGAACAAUGGGUGAAAGAUGACAAACAAGAAGGGCGUCAAAGUAAUGCAAAUGAGAGAAAGAGUGCUUGUAGUCUCACCGAGGAUUCUUGCUUUUGGGUACAUGUCGAGGAGGCUAUUGUUUUGUGUAAUUCACUGAAGGAUGGAGGAACCAGUCCAGAAGACAAAGUAUCAUUGAUGGAGAAUUUGGUUAAGUUUGAAAACUAUGUAAUGGAUUUGAUAAAGAACUAUGCAGUGUCAACUGAGAUUUUCUUCAAUCAAAGCAGCUUUAUGAAAUGGUGGGCAGAUUAUGAGAAUAUUACAGGUAAUUCAUCUCAUUCAUCACUUACUGAUUUCAUGAGGAAUCGUAAAUACAAUCAGUAUGUUUAGGUUUAUCCUUGGCUUUUAAUUUACACGGCUAUGCUUGUUUGAACUCACUGUUAAAUUUACUUUCGGAUUUAUGAUGAUAUGUACAAACUUACACUAUACUUAAGAGGCAAUUUCCUAUUAAUUUUGCAUAAUUUUGUUGAA